AACAGCAGUAGGCAGAAAGGGGUCAGACAAGCCUUGGAGAAGGCAAGGUCUGGAGCUCUGAGCCCAGGUCAGAAGUAGGGCAAGGUUAACCGGCCUGAGGGAAGGCUGCAGUUGAACAGGAAAACAGGUGGCAAGAGUCCUGGCCCCUCGACAGGACAAGAGACACCUUGAAGCAAUCGAGUGCUUUAGUGUUGGUGACAGAAAUCAAGGCCCAAUUUGUAAAUGCCUGGCAAACAGUCAGAAGACAGGCCAAUGGAAGUGGCAGCUGUGGAGGAUGGAGGUGAUGAAGGCUUGGGAGGCCUCACGGUAGAGGAGCUGCAGCAGGGUCAGGAGGCUGCUCUGGCUUUGGAAGACAUGAUGGCUCUGAGUGCCCAAACCCUGGUCCGAACAGAGGUGGAAGAGCUGUACGAGGAAGUGCGCCCCCUGGGCCAGGGCCGGUUCGGUCGUGUCCUGCUGGUUACUCACCGCCAGAAAGGAACACCCCUGGCGCUGAAGCAGCUCCCCAAGCACUCCACUUCCCUCCGCAGCUUCCUGUAUGAGUUCUGCGUGGGCCUCUCGCUUGGCACACAUCCGGCUAUCGUGGCAGCCUAUGGCAUUGGCAUUGAGUCAGCCAAUUCCUACAGCUUCCUGACAGAGCCUGUUCUCCAUGGGGACCUCAUCACCUUCAUCAAGCCCAAGGUGGGUCUCCCACAGCCAGCAGUCCAGCGCUGUGCCGCCCAACUGGCCUCUGCCCUGGAGCACAUUCACUCCCACGGCCUGGUGUACCGGGACUUGAAGCCAGAGAAUGUGCUGGUGUGUGACCCAGCCUGCCAGCGUGUCAAGCUGACAGACUUUGGCCACACCCGGCCCCGAGGGACAAUGCUCCGACUCACUGGGCCACCUAUCCCCUACACUGCCCCUGAGCUCUGUGCCCCACCCCCCCUCCCUGAGGGACUACCCAUCCAACCUGCCCUGGAUGCCUGGGCUCUGGGGGUCCUGAUCUUCUGCCUUCUUACUGGCUACUUCCCCUGGGACCAGCCCCUGGUGGAGGUUGACCCUUUCUUCGAAGACUUUCUCAUCUGGCAGGCUUCUGGCCAGCCCCAAGACCGGCCACAGCCGUGGUAUAACCUGUCCCCUGCAGCAGACACUCUCCUGUGGGGGCUGCUGGAUCCUCACCCCCGGAAGCGGAACCCUGUGAGCUCCAUCAAGAGCUAUCUAGGCCAACCCUGGAAGCAGAGGGAGGAGGGGGCUGAGGAAUUGACAAAGGAGCUGAGAGAAGAUGGGUCGAGAGGAGGACAGGAGGCUGCAAAGGGAGAGCAACCUGCAUGCUGAGACCGGCUUAGCCUGAGCUGCCUGGCUGUGGCCUCUUCUCUGUUUUUGAUCUGUCUCUGAUCUGUCCUGUGUUAUGCUGUGUGUGCAUCCAUAAAUGUGUGCAUGUGUGCUUAUUUGUAUAUGUGUGCACAUGUGUUUAUGCGUGUAGGCAUGCAAAUAUAUGUAUCUGUAUGCACACAUAUGUGUUUCCAUGUGUGCAUGUGUUCAUGUGAGUAUAUGUGUGUGAACAUAUGUAUCUGUGUAUGCACAUAUGUGUAUGUGUA